AAAAAAAAAAAAAAAAAGAGAAACACAGCGGGCAAAGGAGCUCAGGCUGCUAGACCUGGAGUGGGAGGUUUGUAAGAAGACUGGGUGGUCCUGUUGAGAGGGUGACAUGGAAGCAGAGACACAGUGGAGGUGAAGAAGGGGCCGUGUGAGACUCGGGAGAGCUUCCAGGCAGAGGGAGCAGCACAUCCCAAGGCCCCGAGGCAGGAGAGUGCCGGGGGCUACUCAGUCAACUGCAAGCAGGCUAGUGUGCCUAAGAGGCAGGUGUGCCAGCAGAGGCAGGUCCCACAGGGCCUUGUUGGCCAUCUAUGGACUGUGGCCUUGACUCCUGAGGCAGCCAGGGAGGGGUCUGAGCAGAGGAGGGACCCAGUGUGACCUAUGUUUGAACAGGUCCCUCCAGGGGUUGAAUAUGACCAGCUGUGGGUGGAGAGUAGGGCAGGACAGCCAGAAAGGCAGUGGCACCCGCGUGGGUCUGGGAGAGAGGAUGGGGUCUGGUCGACAUGGGGGGUGGCGGGCUGUGGGCACAUCCUUCAGCAUGGUGGAGCCAGCAGGACUUGCUGAGGGGCCUGGGGUCACCCAAGGCUUUGGGUCCAAGGAAUCUGAGUUCUGUCACCUAGGUCAGAAGGACUGUGAGAAGCACUGCUGGGGAGGACCAGCUGGGAGCCCCGCUGGGCCAGUGCACACCUGGCCUCUAGGAGCCCCGUCUGGAGUGACGUGGUGUGUGCUCUGAUGGGACCGCAGGGGCUCUGGGAAUGCAGAGGAGGAGGUCUUGUUUCCGGAAGAGGUUGCAAGGCUGUGGUGAAGGCAGGUGCACCCCAGCCUCCUGCUUAACCUACACCCCAGCCCUCUGAGCACGAGGCUCUGCAGAACUCAAAAUGGUGCCCAUGAGGGCAGGAAAGGACAAGUCGGGAGCCACUGUCCUGAGGGCACCAGCUGUGGUGCAGGAGCCAAGGCCUGAGGGUGAAAGAGUCCUCUGAGAAUGGGGAGGGCCCAGCACAGGUGUACCCGCUACUGCUGCUACCCGAACUCCCAUCUCUCCUUGCUUUCCGCCUGGGCUCGGGCCUUAGCUUCACCCUGGGCUUGGUGGAGGACAGGUGCGCAGCCCUCAUGGGAUGUAGGCUGUCUGAGGGGGGAGUGGAAAGAGGAAGGGGUGAAGGGGCUGUCUGCCAUUUGACUAUGCAAAUGGCCUUUGACUCAUGGGACCCUGUCCUCACUGUGGGCAGGGUGGAGUGGAGGGGGAGCUACUUGGCUGGGGUAAAAGUCUCACUUCCUCUAUUCUCUGAGCCACUGCUGCCCCUGUGGGAAGGGACCUUGAAUGUGAAGCAUCCUUCCCUGCAGCUGCUGUCCAGUCUGCCCGCCACCCUCUGGAGAAGACCCUGCUCCCCAGCAUGGGAUUCUGCCGCAGCGCCCUGCACCCGCUGUCUCUCCUGGUGCAGGCCAUGGUGCUGGUCAUGACCCUGGCCCUGGGUACCUUGCCUGCCUUCCUACCCUGUGAGCUCCAGCCCCAUGGCCUGGUGAACUGCAACUGGCUGUUCCUGAAGUCGGUGCCCCACUUCUCCGUGGCAGCACCCCGGGGCAAUGUCACCAGCCUUUCCUUGUCCUCCAACCGCAUCCACCACCUCCAUGAUUCUGACUUUGCCCAUCUGCCCAGCCUGCGGCGUCUCGACCUCAAGUGGAACUGCCCACCGGUCGGCCUCAGCCCCAUGCACUUCCCCUGCCACAUGACCAUUGAGCCCAACACCUUCUUGGCUGUGCCCACCCUAGAGGAGCUAAACCUGAGCUACAAUAGCAUCACGGCUGUGCCUGCACUGCCCAAAUCCCUCGUGUCCCUGACCCUCAGCCACACCAACAUCCUGGUGCUAGAUUCUGCCAGCCUGGCUGGCCUUCAUGCCCUGCACUUCCUAUUCAUGGAUGGCAAUUGUUACUACAAGAACCCCUGCAGGCAGGCACUGGAAGUGGCCCCGGGUGCUCUCCUUGGCCUGGGCAACCUCACCCACCUGUCGCUUAAGUACAAUAACCUCACCAUGGUGCCCCGCAACCUGCCUUCCAGCCUGGAGUAUCUGCUGUUGUCCUACAACCACAUUAUUAAACUGGCGCCUGGGGACCUGGCCAAUCUGACCGCCCUGCGUGUGCUCGAUGUGGGCGGAAAUUGCCGGCGCUGCGACCACGCUCCCAACCCCUGCAUGGAGUGCCCUCGUCACUUCCCCCAGCUACACCCCGAUACCUUCAGCCACCUGAGCCGUCUUGAAGGCCUGGUGUUGAAGGACAGUUCUCUCUCCUGGCUGAAUGCCAGUUGGUUCCAUGGGCUGGGAAACCUCCGAGUGCUGGACCUGAGUGAGAACUUCCUCUACGAAUGCAUCACCAAAACCAAGGCCUUCCAGGGCCUGACACAGCUGCGCAAGCUCAACCUGUCCUUCAAUUAUCAAAAGAGGGUGUCCUUUGCCCACCUGUCUCUGGCCCCAUCCUUCGGGAGCCUGUUCUCACUGGAGGAGCUGGACAUGCACGGCAUCUUCUUCCGCUCGCUCGAUGAGACCACGCUCCGGCCACUGGCCCGCCUGUCCAGGCUCCAGACUCUGCAUCUGCAGAUGAACUUCAUCAACCAAGCCCAGCUCGGCAUCUUCGGGGCCUUCCCCGGCCUGCGCCAUGUGGACCUGUCGGACAACCGCAUCGGUGGAGCUUCAGAGCUGGUGGCCACCACGGGGGAGGCGGACGGUGGGGAAAAGGUCUGGCUGCAGCCCGGGGACCUUGCUCCAGCCCCAGUGGACACUCCCAGCUCUGAAGACUUCAUGGCCAACUGCAACACCCUCAACUUCACCUUGGACCUGUCGCGGAACAACCUGGCGACCGUGCGACCGGAGAUGUUUGCCCGGCUCUCGCACCUGCAGUGCCUGCGCCUGAGCCACAACUGCAUCACGCAGGCGGUCAAUGGCUCGCAGUUCCUGCCACUGACUGAUCUGCGCGUGCUGGACUUGUCCCACAAUAAGCUGGAUCUGUACCACGAGCACUCAUUCACGGAGCUACCGCGGCUGGAGGCCCUGGACCUCAGCUACAACAGCCAGCCCUUUGGCAUGCAGGGUGUGGGUCACAACUUCAGCUUCGUGGCCCACCUGCGCACCCUGCGGUACCUCAGCCUGGCCCACAACAACAUCCACAGCCGAGUGUCCCCGCAGCUCUGCAGCACCUCGCUGCGGGCCCUGGACUUCAGCGGCAAUGCGCUGGGCCGGAUGUGGGCCGAGGGAGACCUCUAUCUGCACUUCUUCCAAGGCCUGAGCGGCUUGAUCUGGCUGGACUUGUCCCAGAAUAGCCUGCACACCCUCCUGCCCCGUACCCUGGGCAACCUCCCCAAGACCCUGCAGGUGCUGCGUCUCCGUGACAAUAAGCUGGCCUUCUUUAAGUGGAGGAGCCUCGCCCUCCUGCGCAAAUUGGAAGCCCUCGACCUGGCAGGAAACCAGCUGAAGGCCCUGACCAACGGCAGCCUGCCUGCCGUGACCCAGCUCCGGAAGCUGGACGUCAGCGGCAACAGCAUCAGUUUCGUGGCCCCGGGCUUCUUUUCCAAGGCCAAGAAGCUUCGAGAGCUCAACCUCAGUGCCAACGCCCUCAAGACAGUGGACCCCUCCUGGUUUGGGCCCCUGGUGGGUGCCCUGAAAAUACUAGAUGUGAGCACCAACCCUCUGCACUGCGCCUGUGGGGCGGCCUUUGUGGACUUCUUGCUGGAGGUGCAGGCUGCAGUGCCUGGCCUGCCCAGCCAGGUGAGGUGUGGCAGUCCCACCCAGCUCCAGGGCCAAAGCAUCUUCGCACAGGACCUGCGCCUCUGCCUGGAUGAGGCCCUCUCCCGGGACUGCUUCAGCUUCUCGCUGCUGGCUGUGGCUCUGGGCCUGGGGGUGCCCCUGCUGCAUCAACUCUGUGGCUGGGACCUCUGGUACUGCUUCUACCUGGGCCUGGCCUGGCUUCCCCGGUGGGGGCGGCGAGGUGGACGAGGUGAGGAUGCCCUGCCCUAUGAUGCCUUCGUGGUCUUCGACAAGGCGCAGAGCGCCGUGGCAGACUGGGUGUACAAUGAGCUUCGGAGGCAGCUGGAGGAGCGCCGUGGGCGCUGGGCACUCCGCCUGUGCCUGGAGGAGCGUGACUGGCUACCUGGCAAGACCCUCUUUGAGAACCUGUGGGCCUCGGUCUAUGGCAGCCGAAAGAUGCUAUUUGUGCUGGCCCACACGGACCGGGUCAGUGGCCUCUUGCGCGCCAGCUUCUUGUUGGCCCAGCAGCGCCUGCUGGAGGACCGCAAGGACGUCGUGGUACUGGUGAUCCUGAGCCCCGAAGGCCGCCGCUCCCGCUACGUGCGGCUGCGCCAGCGCCUCUGCCGCCAGAGUGUCCUCCUGUGGCCCCACCAGCCCAGCGGUCAGCGCAGCUUUUGGGCUCAGCUAGGCAUAGCCCUGACCAGGGACAACCACCACUUCUAUAACUGGAACUUCUGCCAGGGACCCACGACCGAAUAACCCUGAGCCAGAGUCCCUCACGGCACUGCCUCCGUGCUCACCACACCUUGGCCUGCCUUGCUUCUCCUCUGCUUGCCUCCCUCACCCACACCUGGCACAGAGCAGGCACUCAAUAAAUGCUGCUGAAGGCCA